AGAGACGUAGAGCUGUAUAAUUGAUUUAUAGGUUACUUUGUUGUCAAAUAAAUGUAAUGGCUUUGAAACUGAAACUGGAAAGUGGUAACGAAGCUUUAAAAGAAUAUUCGGAAACAGUUUCAUUAGGAGAUUACAGCGCCUACAGGAAGUCAUUAAAAGUCCUCCAGAAGAACGUAAACGAAUACUUGUCUGCUCUAGUUGCAAACGAAUCAGGGCCCAUAGAGAAGACACUUGAACUUGACUCAGAAGGAUCUGAUUCUGAAGAGGCCUCAGCUAAACGGGCUCUGAGCAGCGACAGAGAACUGCACAGGCCCAAAGCUCACAAAAAGGCCAAAGAGCAGUAACAAGUUCUUGGUACAACAUGGCUACAUCACUUUUUUUUGUAAAUGCAGAUGGAGCCGAAGCUGACACCAAAAAUGAAGGUGCUCAGGGUGACGAUCAAUCAGCGCCGGUUACCGAAGCCCAACAGGCUUUAUCAGUAUUUUGGCCUGAAGUGAUAGAGGAAAUAGAUUCCAUUCGAAAUCUUGAUCUGAAACAGCAAGUGCUGCCCCUGGCCAGAAUAAAAAAGAUUAUGAAGCUAGAUGAAGAUGUGAAAAUGAUUAGUGCAGAGGCACCGUUACUCUUUGCAAAAGCGGCGGAAAUCUUCAUUCAUGAGCUUACCUUAAGGGCCUGGAUCCACACAGAAGACAAUAAGCGAAGAACUCUGCAGCGAAAUGACAUAGCAAUGGCCAUAGCAAAGUACGACCAGUUCGACUUUUUAAUCGAUAUAGUGCCGAGGGAAGACAUCAAGCCAGCUAGAAGAGAAGAAUCCGCAAGAGGCACCACGGAUCAGGUGCACUAUUAUUUCCAGUUAGCGCAGCAGCACCAUGCAAAUCUUCAAAAUAGUUCUGCAUCGAGUACAGGCACCACAACCACUGCAACAGUGACGCAGCCGCAGGGCACGAUCCAGAUUGUUCAGCCGCAAGUGCAGACUGUGCAAGUCAGCGCGGUGGAGAAUACCUCCAGCUCGGCAGGCACUGAAUCUACUCAAACGCCCAUUAUUCUGCAGUCAACUGGGCAAACAAUUUCGCAAAACCCCGUGGGAAAUGUGCAGAUUAUCCAGCAGAUCGUCACGCCAAACGGCGAAAUUCAACAGAUUCCCAUUCAACUCACGCCUCAGCAAUUGCAAAUGAUCAAGCUGCAGCUUCAGGGGAGCAGCUCGCAGCCGCUAAUCAUCCAAGCACCAAUCACGACAAAUACCUCGCAGCAAGUGGUCCAAGUGGCUCAACAAAACGGAGGCUCCCAACAAGUGUUCUUAACCCAGACAAAUAACGCCGCCGAAAAUGAAUGAUUUCAAACAUAAGGAACAAAAAAAUGUGUUUAAGUUUAAAUAGAGCGCUGAAAAUCU